AUGUUGAUGUCCUGGAUGGUGGGUAUGGUUGCCUUCAGCUACGUUGAAGUUGUCAGUUGGUCAUUCGUUGCCCUUGUAGAUCUGCUGCAUGAUGUGGAGGGCGAGACCGAAAACUUUGAAGAUGCAGAGGCUUUCUUCGACACAAACAUCGACCAAGACCGUGGCGAAGUGGAAGACAUGUCUACAGACAACAUUUUGAGUCAGCUGGACGCAGUGACGACUCUCGAUGAGGAUGAUGAACAAGAUGACAAUACGGAUGAAUUUCAAGACUCAACCUCAACACCUUCUUCGCCAAAGUUAUAUGGGCCUGACGAAAACAAGAAUCUGGGCGAAAAGAGAUUUACGGAUGAGGACGAAAAUGCUGGAAAAGAAGAAAAUGAACCAGUUUCCCAAGAAUCAGCAGCAAUGGAGCAAAUUUCGCCGCUUUCGAGUGAAGUCGUGGUUCAAGCAGUUCUCGACCUUGCUACAAACGCAGACGAUGAAAACUUGAAGGAAGAGGAAGAGCAACCGAAAGAAAUAAACGAGAACAAGACAGUCACUUCAACGCAAGAGCAAUUAUCUCCUUCACAGGGAAUAACUCAGGAUGAAGGAGUGUCAGGAGGACAAGACUCUCCAGUAGAAGUCGAAACCAAAAAUGAUGAAGACGACCCUGAAGUGGACGAAAGUAUCGAUGCCGUUGUGGUCUCCACUCCAUGUAUCGAGUCGGAGCAAAACGAGGCAAUUGACACUGAAGGUGAAAGCCUGGAGAUGCCUUCUCCGCCAGUCCAAGAAGAAACCAAUGAAGCAUCGUCAGUCGUCCUGCCUCCACCCGCACCUACAGACGUCCCUGCCAUUGUUGGCUCGAUGAACCCUGUGGAAGACGAUGAUGAUUCAGACGAUUCUCAGGGUGAAGAAGAAGGCGAAACCUCGCCAUUGCGGCCUCCACUGGGGUUAAAUAUUUCAGACGAUGACGACGAAGACGUAUUGGAAGUUGACGCAGCGGUUGUUGGCAGUCUUCAAAUUGAAGAGAAUAAGCAGAAGUCAAAGAAAGAGAGCAGCUUGGAUACAGAUAACGCACUGUUGAAGGCACUACCGAACAGUAAAGCAGAUGACUCAAGUGAGAUCGAUCUCUCAUUCAGUGAAGAAGUUCGUGUUGCACACGUUACGACACUGGAACCCAGCAGUCUGUUCUCCGACAUCCACAGAAUUGCUGGAGGUUCUAACGCUAACAAACUCAGCCCAGACGUUACAUUUGGCAUUUCCUACCAGAGCUUAAGAAAACAACAAAACGAGCCUCAUACCAAUGAAAAUGAUAACAAUUAUUCUCUUCCCAGUGGUCCUGCAUUCCCAGAUGAACGAGAAUUUGAAAACGAGAUGGAACUUACAACCGACGUGUCUUUCUCCGUUGCCACAACCGGAAAGAGUCCGAGUAAAGCUGCUGAUAGCGCAGAUGACGAUGAGUUUUCAUUCGAUGUGAACGCUGGGAAUAAGUCGAGUGUGUUAACGGAAGAUGAACUUAAGGCACGCAAGGAAUCGCUGGAGAAAAAUAAACGAAAAGAAGAGGAAGAAAUGCUAAAGGAACUCAAGCGUGUAACAGAUGAGGAGAAGAAACUCAUAGAAAGUAGCUCUGCGGACUCCACUCCGUCUGAAAAAACAGAUAAAGACGAUGCACUGUCGCUGACUGAGUUGCACAGUAUCUACAAACGAGGACUCGGAGACCAGGAAGUUCUCAUGGAUGACGAAGAAAAACAGACAAAAGUUGAAACUGAAACGAGUCGAUCGUCUGUCAUGGGGAGAAUUUUCGGUCCGACUCAAAAAUUGACCGAAACUAUCGAGGAGGAAGAUAACGAUGGUGAGGCGGACAACGAAAAAAAUAAUGAAAAUGUUAACGUCGAAGAUACGAAACAAGAUGAGAAAAGCGAUGUCGAUGAGUCUGCCGAAUGGCGAGAGAUUAAACUGGUGCAACAUCGACAAUCUAAUGAGAUUUCCGAGUCUGUAAAUGUUGGUAUUAGUCCAGAAACAGCGUUGAUAUCGUACACUGAAGCAGCAAAAUACUACGCCGAGACUCCCGACGUCAUGCAGCACAGAGACAUCAUCGUAGCAGAGGAUUUCCCUCGCGGUUCGUGUAUGAAAUGCUUCUCACGCCCUCGUCUCACUUUUCCUGGUGCAAUUGAGGAACGCGAUCGAGUCUUUUGCAUCGCCGCGACUGCGUUUGAUGCCCACAAUGAAAUUGUAGUUGGAAUAUUGCAAACCAUUUACAAGAAAGUCACGAAAAGUACGCGGGACGUUCUUCUGAUCGGAAGACACUGGGAAGAUAUCGGAUUCCAGGGAUCUGAUCCCUCGACGGACUUACGUGGGUGUGGCGUACUCUCUUUGCUUCAAAUUCUCUACUUGGUCGAGACUUUUCCUGAUCUUGCACACCGUUUCCACGCUCUCUCGCAGCAUCCAACACGCCACUUCCCCUUUGCAUGUGUACUCAUCAAUAUUACACUGCAAUGUGUCGUGGCACUGCGGAGCGGAGCUCUCUAUCCAGAAUGCAACAAGCAAUCAAGUGUACUAGCUGGAAUGAACCGGAUGUAUGUUGCACUCGCUUCACAGCUUCACGAUGCGAUUCAAUCUCGACCAGAUGAGAUUCCUCUCAUCUUGAAGGACAUUUUGGACCGAGGACGAUCCAACCCGAUCAAAGUGAUUGGCGAGGCUUUCGAUGGCGACUCGUUGCGUCCAUCUCGUCCUGUUGCAGCUAUCAGCCCGUCCAAGUCGAAGACAUCGGAUCGCAAGGAGGAUCUUAACCUUGAAUUCACGGAGAUUGGAAUGCAAGCUGUCGAUGAAGCGGAAUAA